AAUAGCGUACCGUGGGAACAGGGACGGGCGACAGAUGGCGUCCGACAUAGUUAGAAGGGACGGCCGGUCUAACGGCCGGGCAACGGCCUCGCCCGACUCUAGAACAAGGCCGAAGGCAAACGGGCAGGCAAUAAGCGAGUCGUAAUGACAGUCCGAGAACUGGUCAAGGAGGUAUCGAACCCCAAACAAUAAGUCACCCGGCCCCAGCCGUCAUUGCAGCCACUAGCCAGACCAUAAAUCAGGAAAGGCAGUGGAACGCGGACACGCGUUCACGGCUUAAAAGAGAGCAGUUUUAGAGAAACGGGAGAGACCCGGACCGUCACUUGGUAUGUUUCUCAGUGCUAUACGCAUCACAGAUUUUUGACAAGCUCAUGAGUCGUCUUGGGCAUCAGAGCUACUUCGUACAAGGUGGAGACUGGGGAUCUGUUAUUGUACACGUAAUGGCUCUCUACUAUCCUGACAGGGUACAGGGAAUGCAUAUGAACAUGGCAGGAUUUAUUCCGUCCAGGACGCCCUCUUACUUGUUAAGAGUUGCCAUUGGUUCCGUUUUUCCCGCUCUUGCAUUCCCCGAAAACGAUUUGUGGAAGGUGUACCCUUACAUGGAGAGGCUUACAACUCUGUGGGAAGAGACUGGAUACUGGCAUGAACAAACAACCAAACCUGACACGCUUGGAGCUGGCCUCAACGACAGCCCUGCUGGGCUAGCGGCCUGGAUCCUAGAGAAGUUUUCGUCUGGGACUUCUUUCUCUAACAGAAACAAUCGCGAUGGAGGACUGACCACGCAGACGUUUACCUUAGAUGAGCUGCUUCACAACAUCAUGAUAUACUGGGCGACAGAGAGCAUCACGACAUCGAUGAGAUUCUACAAAGAAACUUGGAAUAAUGGUUUCACCGCUUUACGGGGGCAAAAGUCCACUGUGCCGGUGGGAUACGCCGUGUUUCCCGGUGAGAUAAGUGUGUUGCCACGUUGUCUUGCUAGAGACACCUACCCCAACAUUGUUCAAUACACGGACAUGCCGAGGGGUGGCCACUUCGCUGCUUUAGAAGAACCGGAGCUUUUGGCAGACGAUGUCAGAAACUUUGUGGCUGCUGUCCAAGAAGGUCGCGACCAGAUGAAAGAGGAACUCUAAUAACAAUAAUGAACAGUAUUUCACGCUCAAUCGAUUAGUUUAGCUACAUUUUACGCAAAAUGCGUUAAUCUAAAUAACCAAAUUUCAUUAAUCUUGUCGAAUAUAGAAAAAAACUAUCAUCGUUAUAUUAUGUCAAAUAUGUAAGAUGGUUCUUUCCCCUUGUAAAUCAACCACGACAGUAGUCACAUCGCAUAAGCCGCAUGUGCAAUGUGCAAUGUUAAAUCCGCCAAUAGGUGGCGAUGUGUGUCUGACAUGACACAUGAAGCUGCAUGUCCAGUCUGCAUAUCAAAUAAAAAAAAUAGUGUUUUGUUGAAAUUAUA